CGCUCUUUAAUCCCAGCCAGAGAAGAUCAAGGUUAGGUUAGGUUAGGGCAAGACAUGCAGGGGUCUAUUAAGUCAGGGACGCCUUGACUGGGUAACUAAGAUGAAUGGAAGCGACUGGUAAUAGAAGAUAACUCGCCUUUCUGAUCUAGUUACACAAGACCUUAUAGUAGUAGUAGUAGUAGUAGUAGUAGUAGUAGUAGUAGUUUUGCCUUCCCCCUCUCUUUAUCUCUCCACCAAUCUCUUUCCUCUCUUCUCAUCUCUUAUCUCCCUCCAUCUCUCUGAUCUCUUUCUCCCUCUCCUAUCCUCUGUUAUCCUCUCCCAAUCUCUUCUCUUACUUUCCUAUUGCAUUGUCAUCACUUUCCAUCCUCUCUCAACUUCUCAUCACCUUUCCCAACCUUUCCUCCCCCUUCCUCUUGCAUUCUCUCACCCCCCUUCCGCUCAACCUCUCCUCCUGCUUCCCUCUCACAUUCCCCUCACCUCCCAUCCUCUCCCAACCUUUCAUUUCCCUUCCAUUCGCAUUCUCUUGACCUCUCAUUCUCUCCCAACCUCUCCUCUUCUUGCUCUCACCUUCAAUCCUUUCACAACCUCUUUUCUUCCUUCACCUUGCAUUCCUAUCAUUUCUAACCGUCUCCCAACCUCUCCCCUCACAUCCCUCACCAAACGCCGUUGCCACACUGCCGUCUCAUGGCCUUAAACACCCCCAGGACACCGCUUAACACCCAAGAACAUCCUUAAACACUCCUGAACAUCUUUGAUUUCGAGGCAUUAGGGAAUACAGCACAGAUCCCCAGCCUCCCACUAGCUAUUGAUUACCAUGUCAGCUCUGGUUUGUCACCCUAAGGGACAAGUGAACCCUCCCCUUCUCCCUCUCUCCCUUCUCCCCUCGCCUCCUCCCUCCUAGCUCCGCAUCACCGCCCCCUCGAGUAUGGGAACUUUGUGAAUGUAGGACGCCAGAAUUUUAGUUUUUUUUUUCUUUUUUUUAAGUUUCUUUUUUGUAUUGUAUAUUGCCAAAGGGAUCGUGCAUUGCCUCUAUUUUACCUUUAUUUCUCGUCCCCCUCGCACCUGGGUCUUUAAUGGAGGGAAUAACAAGGUGGGACAGGUGCUAUGAGCGGCCCUUGCUCACCUGUGCUGGCUAUAUAUAGAGGAUGCAGGUGCGGGAUGCUGGCGGGCUGGUUGUGGUGGUCAGGGGGAGGUGUUAGGGUUAGUGUGUGUGUGUGUGUGUGUGUGUGUGUGUGUGUGUGUGUGUGUGUGUGUGUGUGUGUGUGUGUGUAUUCCUGGAGGGUCUUCCAGCGGCAGUUCAUUAUCACUCUCGUAGUUGAUGUGAGUGUGUGAGUGAAUGUUUUGUCGCCUCAAGGCAGAGUAGAAAGGAGGCACUGCAGUGUGUGUGUGUGUGUGUGUGUGUGUGUGUGUGUGUGUGUGUGUGUGUGUGUGUGUGUGUGUGUGUGUGCGUGCGUGCGCCGCGUGUGCGUGUGCGUGUGCGUAUCUGCCACAGUUUCGUGACCAGCAGGUGUAAGAGCGGACGGUGCGUGUCCCCUUCCCCCCUCUCUUCCUCCACGUGCGGGGAUAAUAACGUACAUUACUCGUACAUGUAAAUCCCGGCUGGCUGGUGCCGUGCCCCGCACCGCGUGCACGUCCUCCCCACCCCCACCCCGUGCAGCCUGCUGGGGGAAGACUCGGACGGCACGUUUUUCAAGUGCAACUUUUAUUUUGUGUUUUGUAGAUAAGAGGACGCAUGUGCGUAUGCGCACGCACAUGUAUACUAGCGUGUUGUCGACGUCCGGCGGCUUGUGGCAUCACGCUGGUUGCCUGGACGCCGCAUUCCAGGCUGGAAUAUUGGCAGCGUGGAGGGCGCGCGUGUCAGUGCGCCUUUGGCCCAGUGAGAGAAAGGUUACGGCCGCUCUUUCCGCGUCUUGUCUCUGUUCACUCGCCACUCUGUCCCGGGCACCACUCGCUGCUCACACUGGUCCCACAGAAACACUGUGCUUGAGACAUUGCUGUGGAGUGUUCCGUGCCGUGUGUGUGCGGCUGUGUGUGUGGGUGUGUGUGUGUGUGUGUGAGGCUUGGCCGUGCAGCGUGACCCAGCAUGCUGUCCGCGGCUGCCUCCCUGGCCUCCCUAACCCGGGCCGGGGCGGAGCUACCGUCACGCCCCUGAGUACUCUUGUCUGCACUGGUGGAGGCCCCUGCUGGUGGGGGCGGCACUGGCCGGUGUGGGGUGCUGCCCGAGGACGGAGGGGCAGGGGCGGUGACGAUGGUGGUGUGCGAUGGGUGACGGGCGGCCGUGGUGGGCGGGCCCGCGCCGCGUGCGCCGCGUGCACGGCCUCCAGCUGCCGCUCCACCCGCAGCAGGUGCUGGCGUGGCUGGUGAUGGUGAGCUUCACCUCCCUCAUGUACGGCGCCGUCCUCCCCGCCCUCCACUCCCGUCUGGCCUUACCCCUCGCACUGGUCACCGGCGUGGUCUUCGCCGUCCACGUCUUCACGCACGCCCUCGCCCUCGCCCUCGACCCCGCCGACCCGCAGCUGAGGGCGCGCAAGGACCGCCAGCAGGUGCCGGAGUUUGACCGCAACGUGCACAGUCAUGUGAUUGAGAACGGUCGGUGCCACCUGUGCAACAUAACGAUCACCUCCAGCAGGACCAAGCACUGCAGCGCCUGCAACAAAUGUGUGGACGUGUUCGACCACCACUGUAAGUGGCUGAACCACUGCGUGGGUCGCCGCAACUACCGCAUCUUUCUGGCCUGCGUCCUGACAGCCAUCCUGGCCUGCCUCUUAGUCAUGGGGACCUGCCUCGCCGAGAUUGUUCUCUAUUACUUUAAGAAGGAGUACUUAUCCCCGUGGGAAGCACCAAGACCACAGCAGGCCACGCAGCGGAGGUCUGGAGCUGACGACGACGACGACGACGACGCCUCCCUCACGUGCUCUGAGGGGGCGCCCUACUGCCACUUCUCCAUCUUCGGUGCUCUUGUCUACGACGGCGCCUUCAUCGGGCUGCUGUCCACGCUGUUCUCCGUGGCCUUGGUGGCGGAGGUCCUGCUGGUGCACCUCGCGGCCUUCCACGCCUACAUCAUAUUCCUGGGCUUCACCACCUACGAGUACAUCCGCGGCCAUCACCUGCGAGGCUCAAACUCGGCGCACUCCUUCAGCACCUACGGGCGGGACGGCGCCGCGGAGAGGGAGGGCGCCGUGUGUGGCUGGGCGGUGACUCGUCGAGCGCCAAACAACCAGAUAACUCCCUCCUCCACCACUGACACCGCCCUUCUGUCCACUGUUUCCGUCGAUUCCCUCAACACCACCACCACAGCCAUCAGGUCCCCCAGGUCUUCCGCUGCCUCCACCCCCGGACUCUCCCCCACCACACCCUCGGAGGACGCUCGCUCCCCGGGGGUGGGGAAGAGCCCCCACCACGGCCAGACCUCACGCCUCCAGCCGCAGCAGCAGGGUGGGCGGGGCGUGUCCAACAUGAUGUCGCCCACCAACGCUGCUCCUAGGACGCCCCCGGCGCGGAUCUCAUCCGUGCCGCAGCUGCCGCAGAUCCAGUCCGUGCGGUCCAGGGCGCAGAUGCGCUCCCUGAGCCGCACGGUAUCCUCUGCGGUGAGCGAGUUCUCCGUGGAGGAAGAGGGUGAGGUGCGAGCGAUGCCUCUGCCUCGCCCCAGGCCCUCGCGGCGCCGCGUUCGCUCCAGCAUCGCGCCGCACCUGUCCCCCAUCAAAGAGUGUGACCAGACGGUGCCCAGUCCACCCACUGUGCGCGCCAUCCGUGAGGAGACCAGUGGCACCCCCAGUCCUGCCGCGAGUCCCGCCCAGAGUCCGGGCCGCAGCCCGCGGACCAGUCCAGGGCGCGUCCCUCAUACGCCCACCAAGGUUAGUCCCUUGGUGGGUGGCGCCGACGUGACGCGGCGCGCAAACGGACACAGCGUGUUGAGCCGAGUGAAGAUGAACGGCACGGCGGGUGACAGUAACAGUUACUAUGGAAGGACCAUCUCGCUGCCCGGCGCCAACGGCGGCGCGGCGGCAGGGGAGGGCGGGCCGGAGGGCGGCAAUGGCUUGUCGCAGAGCCCUAAGAGCACCGAGGUCACCUCCCAGUCCUGCCUGGCGCGCGCCGCGCAGCCCCAGAACGGCGAGGCGACUCACGUGGAGCUGCACAUGUAGCACGGGGUGAUCCGCGCUUCGUCCGCGGUUCCCUCGGUGAAUGUGACUCGUUUGUGACACAAAACAUAUUCAACUGGCCUUUGACAUUCAUACUGAUGCUCAUGACUCGUUUUAUUACUGCCAAAAUAUUUUAAAAAGGAACUGGCAAUUUGAUGCUAAUAUAUAUUCUUAUGUGAAAACAGUGAAAGUGGUGAACCGCGUGCCGUGGCGGCGGCGGCGACACUUGCGAGUGUUACUCUGUGGACCAGACGCGAGUCGUGCCAACGCUCCUUCCGGUGCCCGACAGAUGCUUCCUGCUGGCGGGCAGCGGCGCCAAGGGCUGCCCGCCGGUCCUUCUCUUCACUGGCCGAUGCGCCGUCUCGCCCGUGCCAACCUCUCCUAGUGUGUGUAGGCAGCAGUCCCUUCCGCCAGCUUCACUAGGCACGUAGAGUAGGUGGCGUCGGGGCUCCGUUGCAUCGUCCCUCGCUCUGAUUCGUCCUGGCGGAGGCUGAGGCGCCACCCAGGGGAGGAGUGCUGCCGGGUAGCAGCUCCCACACCAACAGUUCCAGUGUCCUCCUCGAGGCCCCUUGACGCUGGGGGGCUGCGCCUCGCUGGCUGAGCCUUGGGUCAGGACUCCAUCACAAGGCAAUAGUUUCUCUUGAUUCUCUCACACUACACUAAGACAGACACAUACGACACUUGACCUGCGGGCCGCUGAACCUUGAGUGUGUGGAAGAGCAGCGGCAAACCGGCACCCCUGUACCCUCCCCACCUCCCUUCCCUUCACGACAAACACACACACACACACACACACACACACACACACACACACACACACACACACACACACACACACACACACACACACACACACACACACACACACACACACAGACAACGUGCAGCUGCUUAAGGGACCUAACAUUCGUGGGUUUAAGGCAAUAAUUAUAAUAUUUCAUCCUAAUCUCGAGUCAGCAGACCAUGCAAGUCAAGUGAAUGGUUUGGUGGAGUGGUGCACUACCCACCCUGACACUUGACGCCUUCCCUUUCAAGAUGCCCCACCGCUCCGUCAACUUCCAUUGAAAUCACUCCCUACUCUUGAGAACCACUUCAUUCUUACGUCAAAACAUGAUCUUCAACCCUUGCCCUUAAAAACCCCACCGCUUCGUCAGCAGCUCCAGGAAGAACACUCCCGCGCCCCACAAAGGCAGUUCAAGUACCACUAAAACCAGUCUCCAUCCCCACAACUGACCUCUUCUCCUCUCCCAUUGUUCAUCUUUAAAGACUUGAUUAACAUUCCCCGCCUUGAAAAAUGCUUCGAACCAUCAGUCGUAACUCUUCCUCUUCUUCUGCUUCUUCGUCUUCGUCUUGGUCUUCUUUUUCACACAAGUUCAACGCCUCCGAAAGGGGAAAGUCAAGAUGUUCAAGUUAGGACAUUUGAAUUCGUGUUUUUCUUUUACAUUUUUGAGCAUGGGAUGUUAGUGAGAAGUUCAUGUAUUUUCUUUUUCCCCUUCAUCCUUCGUCUUGUGAGGGUAGUAUUGACGCCUCUCACACUCCCUCAUUCUCCCAGUAAUCCGUCAGGCUUCAAGACUCACACUCACACUUACACUCUUCUAGAACCCUUUCACACUUCAAGAGAUUCACUCUCACACAUAAACCUCCUCAAAUUUUCCAUUACCCAAUAAGCAAAAUCUGGCAACCAAGUACAAAAUCUUACUCUGAAGAUACUGAGCAAGAGAACUCAGACGUCACUCUCUCACAUCCCUUUCCACUCUCAGCUCUCCCCUAACACCACAAAGUUUUUUUUCCCUCCGCCACUCCCCCCGGGCCAGUUUUUCCUCUGUUUCACAACCUCUCUCGAAGACACGCACAGGAAUCUGGAUUUUACACGUAGAAGGCUGUGACGAGACCAAACCAAGAUGACUGAGUAGCAGAAAGAGUACCAGAAGGAAGGCAGAAGUAGCAGGAGUAGAAGUAGCAGAAGGAAGGCAGAAGAAGUAGAAGAAGGAAGGCUGAAGGAGUAGCAGAAGUAGCAGAAGGAGGGGAGGAGUAUCAGAAGGAAGGAAGAAGGAAUAAACAAAAAUAGCAGGAGUAAAAGAAGGAGUAGCAGAAGGAAGGCAGAAGGGAAGAGGCGGCCCAAUAAACGUCUCUCAACGUGCUGGAGCCAAACAAUAACAGCUAGUCUGAGUCUUGGACCUUAAGUUUACGCAACACAUCUCUGUUCUUCGUCCCUCUUGACCGGUAUUCUGAAACGCUUUGCUUUCUCAACACGACUAUUUUCAAAGGCUACAGAAAUUAUUAAUGGGGUUCUCAAGGGUGUUUUCCUGUUAAUAAUGUAGAAAUCUUGUUAAUCUGUCAAUAGAACCAUAAAGACACCCUUAAAAGCCCGUGUAACUUCAAAUAGAGCCUUUUGAAUGUAGUGGAGAUGCCAGGCGCGGAAGUGUUUCACAAUAUGGUCCUUUGUCUCUCUAUGUGGUAGGUGCAUCCCGUCACUGCUCGUCAUUCCCUAAGAGUUUCGUUCACAUUCCUAGUUUAUAUGGUAAUCUGAACGCCUUUGUCCCCUCCCAUGCUGGCGGUGCAAUAAACAGAAAAUGAAUGAGUCUCGACACGCAUCUUGACUGGCCUGAGGUUGCUACAAUGAUGCGCUGCGAUGAAGGAAAAGAAAACGGGGAAAAAAAAAAAAGUAGGAGGCUCUUGUGUACCACGUCAUAAUUCACGAAGGUUGUAUUUGUGUAGAGUUUUGUGGUUAUAGAUGGUAAUGUCCACGCCCCAGGUGCUGAAUUGUUAGCGAUGGGUUGUUAAUGCGGCAGGAUGAUGUCACGAGUCUGUAGAAGCUGAUUGGUUGAGCUCCUGAGGGUGACGCUAUUGGUGUGUGUGUGUGUGUGUGUGUGUGUGUGUGUGUGUGUGUGUGUGUGUGUGUGUGUGUGUGUGUGUGUGUGUGUGUGUGUGUGUGAUUACCUACUCAUUCCUUCUCUGUGGUAUUGUUAACUGGUGAUUAGUGAUUAUCUAAGAGUGAUUCGGGAACGUUCCUGUUGAUUGGUGCGCUGAUGUGUUACAGGAGGCUGGCUUGAUGGUGAUUGGGGAUUGGCUGUUUUUUGGGGAGAUUGGACACGCAUGAUUGGCUGCCUUUUUGGAAUUAGAGACUCGUGAUUGGACAGUUUUUUGAAGAUUGGAGACGUGAUUGGCUGUUUUUUGAGGAUUGGAGACUCUUGAUUUGAAAGUUUUCUGAAGAUUGGAGACUUGUGAUUGGCUGUUUCUGAGGAUUGGAGACUCGUGAUUGGAGAGUUUUUUUUUUUUGAGGAUUGGAGACUCGUGAUUGGACAAAUUUUGAUGGUGACUGAACAGACUGAACGUGACAUAUGAUUGGACGUGUUUUGAGGGCGACUGAGUGAACGCGGCUGGUGAUUGGUUCAGUGAAGGGCGAGAGGAGCAGAGCCCGACUUUUGAUUAGCUGUAUUGUGGAAGCGACGGACCGAACGUGAAUUUUGAUUGGCUGUUUUCGGAAGGACGCUCAGAAGUCCAGGUGGCGUUAGGAGAAUGAAAUGAUAAAUGAAAUGAGGUAAAGGUAGAUUAAAUUAGAAAGGUAAAUGAAAACAUAAUCAAAGAGUAACGGGAUUUCUUAAACAUGGAUUACCCUUUAUUGACUUAUUUAUCUAUUUUAUCUGUUUUAUAUUAUACUCACAAAAAGAGACAAAGGCAAAAAUAAAUUCCAAACUUGCCCCAGAUUAUUUUGUCAGACUUAAGGUAUCAUCACCUCCUCACUCCAUUUUCUUGUCAGUUGCCUCUUAAGAUUGUAUUCUAAACUUAUAUCAGACUAUUUUGCUUAAAAGAAAUCACUUCCUCACUUCUUUUCCUGUCAGCAGUAUCUUAAGGUUAUAUUUUAAAUUUGCACUUAUUAUUUUGUUGAUAAAGAUUCAUUUCCUCACUCCUUUUGUUGUCAGUGGUCUUUUGAAAUAAUUCUCUAGACAUGCAUGUGACUAUUUCGUUGAUAAAGAUUAAUAUCCUCACUCCUUUUCCCGCCAGUGGUCUCUUGAAAUCUUUCUGUAAACAUGCACCAGAUUAUUUUGGUAAACUUCAGAAAUCACUCCUUUUGCUCUCACUGGUCUCUUAAAAUCAUUCUCUAAACUUGCCGCAGACUAUUUUAUUGAGCCUGAGGUGAAGCCACGGGGAUCACAGGGCUAAAUAGGAAAACAACGAAUAAAUUAAUAGCUAAUCACGGCCUUGCGCGACCUUGAGGUGAUUAUUUCUAUUCCCGCGAUGACUAAUUGAGUGUUUCCUGCGCCCUAAUUAAGACUUGACCUCAUAUUUACGUUGCGAGCGAAGUAGUUUGUUGAGUCGCCGCCAGGGGAUACCUCGAGGCGUCCUGGCCAGCACUGCUUGUCUUGCAGAAUUCAUAAUACUAGGGAACGUUAUUUUAAUCAGAUUCUGUGUAUGGUUUUUCCUCUGCUAGUUUUUACUUUUGCUGUUUUAAGAUGUUUCAUUUUAUUUAUUUAUUUAUUUGUUCUUAAAUAUUCGGAACAGCUUGUGUAUAUUUUUUCUUACUUUCAAAACUGCUUAUUGAAAUUCUCUAUAUUUCCCCUUUCUCCACGAGGCUAACAUAACUUUUAAGUAAAAACUUUUUUGCUUAUUCUAAAAGUUAGCCGACUUACAUAUAGUGAAAUGUGUAUUUUUAAAAGCUUUCGCAACUUUAUGUAUCCAGAACUUUUACAUUCAUCAGCAUUACCUGGAAGCUGACACAAGUUGCUGCCUAAUGACCGAUCUUAUUUAUUGGUGCUCUGGGCGGGAGUGUGCAGUCAAUACUCCCGCGACCACCGUGACCUUGCACCGCCAAGGCAACGCUGCUAAUAAUAAAGCACCUUUUAUUUAUCACGCCCGCCUCGCCGCCAUAUUGACAGCCAUUCACAGAAGUAGGCUCACUUGGGCACCAUUACCACAACAAACUCAUCCACACGACAGGCGACCAGUUACUAAUGUGUUAGGUUCCUGUUUCUACCCGACGAACUGAAGGGCACAGCAACACCUUUACGACGACACAUCCUGACCAGUUACUGAUGUGUUCUGUUUCUUGAUAAACUGUACAACACUCGAUCACCAACAUAACCAUAACAUUAAUCUUCUCACUCAAGUUCCCCUGAGCAAUUACUAAUAUCUUAUGUUUCUAUCUGAUGAACUGAGUAACACUUGAACAACAUUACCAUAACAUACAUCUAUCUUCUCACACGGCAAGCUCAUCUCACUUCGGAUACUGAGUUACACGUUUCCGUGAUGAACAACAGAACACGGGAACAGAUUGUCAGUGACGAUAAGAAAGGAAAAGGUUGUCAUUCUAUUAGAAAAAAAAAAAAAGAUAAAAUAAUAGUAACAAUAAUAUAUGAAAAAAAAUAAAUAAAUAAAUGAAAUAAAUAAAACUCCAACUCACCCAAGCUUUUCUGAUUUCACUUACUUAUCAUCAAUAGACAACUGGAAUAGAUCAGAUCUGUUUAUCGAUAGCAGGAGACUCAUCCCUUACGCUAUACCUUUCCCAGACUUCAUAUUAGACUAAUGGAGGGCUUUAUUUUUAAGGUGAUAAAUUAUACAGCGAGGGAAUAGGUUGUGCUGGCGGGGUAUUGAUCCUCAGAUGUGGAGCCUCGCGGCGUGGCACGUGAAUGGGGUCUUGCCUGGACUCAUCUGGGACUCACCUGGGACUCUUUUGGAAUAGUCAGGGUUAGGUAAACGGCUGUUUGCUUAGUGGCUUCAUUCCAAGGCUAAGUGCUGUGGAAGCCGGCACCCAACUCCAGAGAGGAGCCUAUUUGGACUCAAUCUGAACCCACCUGGACUUUUUAGGACUCACCUUAACUCACUUGUACUCAUAUGGACUCAACCUGAGCUAUUUAAACUUAGUUGGACUCAUUUUAAACCUACCUAGACUCUUGGAUUCGUCUUAACUCACAUGUACUUAAAUUAAUUCACCCUGGGCCUGAACCCUACUUGAACACUCCUGGACUUAAUCUGGAUCCACUUGGACUCUUGAACUCACCUGGACUGUUCUUAAAUCCACUUUGACUCAAUUUAUACCUUCUUGCAUUCAUUUAAACUCAAUCUUGACUUUAUCUGAACUCUCUGGGACUGAUUUAUACUAAUGUUGACUGAUCUGGACUCACCUGAACUCACCUAGACUUACCUGGACGCUAAUAUAGACUUAUGAAGGAGAUGGAUGCAUGAACAGCCUGACGGAGGAAGGGCGGGAGGAAGGGCGCGGUGCUCGUGUCCUGUGCUGGCGAAGAAUUGUUGUCGUUGUUGUUACUGUUGUUAUUGGAUGGUUGUUAUUGUUAUCAAGUGGUGUCACCCUUAGAGUUACCCUCAGGAGAGCCGGGAGAUGGAUCGGGUGAGGCACGGAAGGCUAGAGGCGCGAGGCUGGGGGAGUAGGUGGGGGAGGGGCGGGGGCCACUCCUCCCGGUAGUCAGUAGCCGCCUUAGAGCAAGUCUGUAGAUGGUGCCUGCUUCGGUAGCUGCAUACACACGCCGCUAGGACCUAGAGUAGCCGUCGGGUUGUGUUCGUCGUGACUCGUGACAGUGUGGUGGGUAGCUCAGCGGGCCGCGGCUCCGUGCCCGCCCUGCGUAUCUAGUUGUGUAGCCAGCAGCAGCAGCAGCAGCAGCAGCAGCAGCAGCAGCAGCAGCUUACUUUACUACAGUUAGUGGUUGUUAUCGUCGUAGAGAAGUGACCCUUUGUAGAAAGUGAAACCCCCCUGUAACUUUAUAUCGGAUGGGCAGAUUCCUGUGAUAGCUGUCUCCUCUCUUCCCUCAGCGGCACGCGUCCCUCGCAGCGCGUCCUGCUCCGUGGCGCCGCUGUAGUUCUCACCCCACGGGAUAGGUAAUUACGUCUUCGAUCUCACCUGCUUGCCGCGGCGAGGCUCUCCGCGGCGCGAGGAGUGAGCGUGAGGCUGAAGAUGGCACCAAUACCCGCGAGAGUACGACACCGGCCAGGCAGACACAGAGCACAAAGCCGUAUCUCAAUAUAUAUUUUUGGUGGAAGAAAACAUCAUAAAUUCUCCCAAAAUCGCGGUUCCGAGACUAUAAAUUCUGGUUAUUACCUUCAAGAUGAGAAAAAUGGCGGUGUUUCAUUAUAAGCUCAACAAACUGAAACCCUGAUAGUUUAUCACCAAGCUCCUAUCACUGCUGGAUACGGAAACUUAACAAAAUGCUACUUAGCGUGACCUCCUGAGCCUCACCCUCACGCCUGGUGGUGCGUGGGGCGUCGUCGGGGCCAGCACAAGUCGAGCCCUGGCGCGGCGUGCCCGUCGCCGCCGCGCUGGAGCCGCAAGGUCCCUCUAACCCAGAUAUCUCGAGCCAUAUCAGCGAUCACUUGCCUUAACGGGCGCAUCAGCCACUUCCUGUACUACCCGCGGACAUCAGUGAACUAAGUCAGCCUCAAGACUCCCUUUGGUUGGUUGGUUGGCUACUUUUACUUCGUGAAUUGUUUCUCUUCUUCCUUUUUUAACUUUUUUCCGUAUUGUGUGGUGUUCGGCAUGUUCCUGGUCACUGUUCUGGCGUGUUUUUUCCCUUCUGUGUGGUGAGCUGCCUCCCUCUCUGCUGGGGCGUUCACUCUCAUGUUUUUUUGCCUUUGUGAAUUAAAAAAAAAGUACAAAUAUAUUAAUUAGCUCCGGGACUGUAGCUGCCGCCACCACCACCUCUACCACCACCACCACCACCACCAGCACCUCCACCACCACCAGCACCGCCACUUCCAUUGGGACAUAAUAAGUGCGAUGCUCAAUUGUUUGAACGUGAUGGGGACGACCACGGGAAUCCACGUGAUGGUGUUUCACGGUUGUAAUGGGGCGGUGUUAGUGGUGGUGCUUGUAACCGUUUUCUUUUGGGAGAGGGUAGUGAGUGCGAUUGUUGUUGUGGUGGUGGUAGUGGUGGUGGUAGUGUUGGUGGUGGUGGUGGUGGUGAUGGAGGGGUGGAGAAGUGGCGGCGGCUUGUACCUUCCCGUUCUCCUCCCCGCCACGCAAUCGUCAGGAGUGACCAAGAGCUCUGUGGAGAAUAAACUUAAUUUAUGUGCCAACUUUUUUACUUACUAAUUUUAGACAUUCUCGGAAGCAUUGUAGUGUCACGGCAUUUAGUUCCAAAUUCAGUCCUUUUUGUGUAGUUGACCGAUGUAGUCACGGCACACGACGCAGCGACAAGCGAGACACACACACACACUUGGCGACGUGGCGGCCCGGCCGGCGUGGUGGCCAGGCCGGGCCCGCCAGCGGCCCGCUCAACACUCCGCCAACCCGACCCGGUUUAUCCUAACACUGAGAAUGAGGGUUUUGUAUCAUAUCGUUUUGUAAAGAUGUAAACUAUGGCCGUUCUGAAGGACUGAGACAUGUAACUACUUUGAAUAAUAAAGUUCAAAACUC